AUUGCGGCUGUGAAACAGAUGGAACAUUGACAGGCUUGUACUGCAGUUCUAUGGUUGUUUUGCCCAUAGACAUAAUAUACUUAGACGCCUCAUGACGUGCUGGAACGUAAUCCAGCGUUGCCGCCAUAUUGGUUGGGUCUCCUCACUCUACGCUAGCACCAGAGUCAAUCGGAGUCAACGGAGAGCGAGCAACUAUGCCCGUAUUUUGUGCAUCUUACAGUUGCAAUAACUGGCGCAGUAUUGAUACCGGAUCGCGUGGGAUUACCUUUCACAAGUUUCCCAGUGAUACAGGCUUGAGGAGGCAAUGGGAAGUUGCUAUAAGACGGGAAGGUUUUGUUGCGACUGAGUCGUCAAAGCUCUGUAGUGAGCACUUCAAGCCUGAUGAUUUUGACAGGACGGGUCAGAUUGUCAGGCUUAGAGAUGGUGCGACCCCAUCUGUCUUCAACUUUCCAUGUCAUCUCCAAAGACAGACAAGAAAAGAGAAAGGAAGCGAGACUCAGAGAGAUAAGCAGAUGUAAGAAGACCAUGUGUGGCUUCAGGGAAGCCUUUGGGGAUCAGAAAUGGAAAGGAAACCACUCAACAAAAGGCUAAAAAGAAGAAGAGCCGUUAAACUGAGCUGCGACUAAAAUAUCUGUUUAACGCAGACACGUCGGUCACUGAAGCAGACGCUGGUGACGCACUCCUGACCUCAGAAGACCCUGUGAUUGACAGGUAAUCUCAGGACACUGGGAGGAGCCCAAGAGCGAACAUCAGUCUGACGGAGAGAGAGAAAGAGAGGAUGGAAGGAUAGAAGUGUUUUGCAGUGCUGCCAGUAAUGACUCAUA